UCCCUCUCACUACCUGCUUUAAGUAAUCAAAUUGUAUUUGUCUCGGGAGCUAUAUUCUAUGGUAAGUGCGGAGUGGACUUGAUAUUAAUCAAUGGCAUUUCAAUGCUAGGUGAGAAGGAGAGGACUUGAUGUGGUUGCUAAACAAACUUCCAACCUCAAGAGGCUCUUGAGACAAUCCUUUCUCUUCCUUUACACUCCCACUCUCUCUCUCUCUUUUGGUCAAGUUAAAGCAAAGUCGAGAGGGAAAACUGAGAGAGUGGAAGUGAAAAUGGCAACAGAAACACAAGUUGAAGAGUAUCCAAGAAAGGGUGGUCUUAGAACCAUGCCUUUCAUCAUUUUGAAUGAAUCAUUUGAGAGGAUAGCAAGUUAUGGUUUAGGUCCAAACAUGAUAAUAUACUUGAUGACAUAUUAUAACAUGAGUGCUGCCACAGGAACUAGCAUUAUUGGAAUAUGGAAUACACUAUCAAGUGGGUUGGCCAUUGUAGGGGCAAUUAUUUCUGAUUCUUACUGGGGUCGGUUUAAGGCUGUUGCCCUUGGAUCCAUCUUCACUCUUAUUGGAAUGAUUAUACUAUGGCUCACAGCAACGAUUCCGCAACUCAAUUCUUUAUCCUGCUCUCAGUUCCAACAUGUUUGUAACGGAACAACAGCACUCCAACUUGCUGUGCUAUUUUCAUCUUUUGUGUUUAUGUCCCUGGGAACUGGUUUUGUUAGACCUUGUUCUAUAAUAUUUGGUGCUGAUCAAUUGGAAAAGAAGGACAACCCCGGGAACCAGAGGCUUGUUGAGAGCUAUUUCAACUGGUAUUAUGCUAGCACAGGGAUUUCAACUAUUCUUGCAGUUACCAUUAUUGUUUAUAUUCAGGAUCGUUAUGGUUGGCAAGUUGGCUUUGGUGUCCCUGCUAUCCUCAUGUUUUUGUCUGUCUUAAUGUUCCUGAUUGGUUCUACUCUUUAUGUCAAAGUGAAACCUAAAGAAAGCUUGCUCAUAGGAUUACUUCAAGCAGUUGUAGCAGCUUCUAGGAAAAGAAAUACCAGUCUUCCGUUGACUGAUUGUGAUGACUACUAUCAUUGGCCACUUGAAUCAGAGAAGGUGAUGCCAUCAAAUGACUUCAGGUGCUUAAAUAGAGCUUGCUUGAUUCAAGAUCCUCAAAGAGAUUUGAAUCCUGAUGGAUCAUCUUUAAAUCCAUGGAAUCUCUGUAGGUUGGAACAAGUUGAAUCACUGAAGGCUCUUAUUAGAUCACUUCCAAUGUGGUCCACCGGUUUCAUGAUCUUUGUGGACAUGAAUGUAUUCGCAUUUUCCGUACUUCAAACAAAGACCAUGGAUAGACAUCUCUUCCCGCACUUCGAAGUACCAGCAGCAUCAUUUAGUGUGUUCUUGAUUAUUGCUUUAACUAUCUGGCUUACUUUCUAUGACCGUGUUUUGGUCCCUCUGCUAUCAAAAUAUACUGGACGGCCAAGAGGGCUAAGUCCUGUCACCCGAAUGGGUAUUGGCUUAAUAGUCUCCUGUAUGUCUAUGGCAUUGACAGCAAUAACAGAAAGGGUAAGACGACAGCGGGCAAUAGAGGAAGGGCAUGAAGACAACCCAAGUGCUUUAGUGAACAUGUCUGCUAUGUGGUUUGUUCCACAGUAUGCACUACUCGGAGUGGCUGAGGCUACCCAUGGAGUUGGACAGAUUGAGUUCUUCUACUCUCUAUUUCCCAAAAGCAUGUCCAGCGUCGCAUCAGCUAUGUACACUGUUGGGACUGCUGUGUCGAGUUUGGUUGGAAGUAUUCUGGUGAGUAGUGAAGAUUGGCUUACAUCAACCGGAGGUAAAACAAGCUGGCUUUCAAGCAACAUUAAUAAGGGUCACCUGGAUUACCAUUUCUGGCUACUUGCUUUUUUGAGUUUACUCAAUUUCUUGUAUUUUCUGGUGGUCUGCCGGUUAUAUGGACCUGACAAUGAUGGAACCAGUAGGUCAUCUCAAGAGGCAGAUGAGAAACACUGUGAUUAUAGGCUUUUACCUGAAUCUUCAUGAUAUGUUGUACUGCAUUAUGGAUUGAUGCAACUAUUUAAUAAUUUACCCAAUAAAGUGUUUUUAUAUGUUUA